CGUCGGCCCGCACCCUGCGCGGACCCCGGAGCGGAUCGACCCCGCCCCUCUCCUGGGGGAAGGCCUGGGCCCUGGCCCACUCCCAGCAUGCUCCACGCCGGAUCCCCGGGCAGGUGUUGGGGGUGCAGUAGUUAGUCGGGGAGACCGAGAACUGCCUUCCUGGAGGUGCUGCCUUGGCCCCUCAGUGGGGUUUUGAGGAAAAAUGCUUUCUGAAAGCAGUUCAUUUUUGAAGGGUGUGAUGCUCGGAAGCAUUUUCUGUGCCUUGAUCACUAUGCUAGGACACAUUAGGAUUGGUCAUGGAAACAGAAUGCACCAUGAGCAUCAUCACCUACAAGCUCCUAAUAAAGAAGAUAUCUCGAAGAUUUCAGAGGAUGAACGCAUGGAGCUCAGUAAGAGCUUUCGAGUAUACUGUAUCAUUCUUGUAAAACCCAAAGAUGUGAGUCUUUGGGCUGCAGUGAAGGAGACUUGGACCAAACACUGUGACAAAGCAGAAUUCUUCAGUUCUGAAAAUGUUAAAGUGUUUGAGUCAAUUAACAUGGAAACAAAUGACAUGUGGUUGAUGAUGAGAAAAGCUUACAAAUAUGCCUUUGAUAAAUACAGAGACCAAUACAACUGGUUCUUCCUUGCACGCCCCUCUACAUUUGCUAUUAUUGAAAACUUAAAGUAUUUUUUGUUAAAAAAGGAUCCAUCACAACCUUUCUAUCUAGGCCACACUAUAAAAUCUGGAGACCUUGAAUACGUGAGUGUGGAAGGAGGCAUUGUCUUAAGUAUAGAAUCCAUGAAAAGGCUUAACAGCCUUCUCAGUAUCCCUGAAAAGUGUCCUGAACAGGGAGGGAUGAUUUGGAAGAUAUCUGAAGAUAAGCAGCUAGCAGUCUGCCUGAAAUAUGCUGGAGUGUUUGCAGAAAAUGCAGAAGAUUCUGAAGGAAAAGAUGUAUUUAAUACCAAAUCCAUUGGGCUUUUUAUUAAAGAGGCAAUGACUAAUCACCCCAACCUGGUGGUAGAAGGAUGCUGUUCGGAUAUGGCUGUUACUUUUAAUGGACUGACUCCUAAUCAGAUGCAUGUGAUGAUGUAUGGAGUAUACCGUCUUAGGGCGUUUGGGCAUAUUUUCAAUGAUGCAUUGGUCUUCUUACCUCCAAAUGGUUCUGACAAUGACUGAGAAGUGAAAGAAGAGCAUGUGUACAAUCACCAUGUAGGACAGGUAUUGUCACUAUUUGCAGUAACAACUGCAUGUCCAACACAGCAGUAUGUUUCUUUUCCUUUUUUUACUUUGGUGGCACUGGUUUAAUGGCACAUUAAAGUUUAGUGGUACAUUUUAAAUAGGGUGGUUUUUUCCCCUUAAUACACAUGUGAAAACGUCAAACAUGUUGGAAAGAAAUGUUUUAAUAAUUUUGCAAAUAAAAGAUAUUUAUAAAUAU